GAAGGAUGAGAAAGAACAAUUCCUGCAAAAGGGGCCCGCAGGACGGCAGCGCGGCGUCGGCGGUGCAGCCGGAGAAGGUGGGCUGGGUGCGCAAGUUCUGCGGGCGAGGCAUCUUCAGGGACAUCUGGAGAAACCGCUAUGUGGUCCUCAAGGCGGACCAGCUCUUCCUCUCCGACAAGGAGGUCAAGGACGAGAAGAAGGCCCAGGACGUGUUCGACCUGAGCGACUACGACAAGUGCGAGGAAGUGCGCAAAUCCAAAAGGAGAAGCAAGAAGAACCACAGCAAGUUCACGCUGUCCCACUCCAAGCAGCCCGGGGACACGGCCCCCAGCCUCAUCUUCCUGGCCGUGAGUCCGGAGGAGAAGGAAUCCUGGAUCAACGCCCUCAACUCGGCCAUCACCCGGGCCAAGAACCGCAUCCUGGAUGAGGUCACGGUGGAAGAGGACAGCUUCCUGGCCCAUCCGACCCGCGACAGGGCAAGGAUCCAGCAUUCCCGGAGGCCCCCGACGCGGGGCCACCUCAUGGCCGUGGCCUCCACGUCGACCUCGGACGGCAUGCUGACCCUGGACCUGAUCCAGGAGGAGGAGGACGCCGCCUCCCCCGAGGCCCCGCCGGGCCGGCGGCGCUCGGACUCGGACCACGGCCCCGCGGCCGGCGGGCCGGCGGGCCGGCGGUGGGGCGCGGGGGCCCGGGACGAGGCGCGGGGGGCCCCGUACACUCCCCAGGCGCCCAAGAAGCCGGCGGCCGCCGCCGCCGCCGCCGCCGCCGACAAGGCCCGCUGCGCCUCGCUGGAGGAGAUCCUGGCCCCGCGGGCCCCGGCCCCGGCCCAGCUGGCCCGCAUCCAGGACCUGGUGGCCCGCAAGCUGGAGAAGACGCAGGAGCUGCUGGCCGAGGUGCGGGGCCUGGCGGGAGAGGGCCGGCCGCCGUCCCCCCGGGCCCCCGCCGUCCUGCUGAGGGAGACGGAGCGGCUGCUGGACGAGGCCUCGUCCGCCUGGACCCAGGCCUGCCGCGUGCUGCAGGAGCUGCGCGAACUCAGGGACCUCUACGGGCAGCUCCGUCCGCCCGCCCCGGCCCACCGAAACAGCCUCAUCUGACCCCGGGCCCGGCGGGCCGGGCCGCCACGGGACGGGACGAUUCUUUUUUACGGACGGCGGCGGGAAGGACGGGAGCCUUGGCGCGCGCGCCUGACCAGGCCUCAGCCCUCGACCACUUCGGCCUAGCUCCGGCCCCCUCCCCCUGGCUCCGGGCGAACGCGAGGCGGGGGGACGGAGGGGUCCCAGGGGAGGGGAGGCCCGGGACCCCCAUCCCACGGGCCUCCCCCACCGCAUCCCCUUCAAAAAAGGGCCCCGGACGGGCGGGAACGGGGGCCGCGGGGUGGGUCGCCCACGGCGGAGGGCCGCUCGCGGCUUCCCGUGACUCGGUGGGGCGGGGGACGUCCGGAGCGAUGGCGGGGGGGGCGCGGUCCCCCUUGCCACCCCCUCGACCGCGGAGGCCCAGCCGGGUUUCGUGCGGCCUGUUCGGUUUCGGGUCCGGCCUGCGAAAGCGCAAUCUUAAUUUUGUUUCUCUU